UCGAAUCAAAUUUUUUUAUGUGAUAAGGCAUUGUACUCGUUUGAACUAAAAAAAAAAAUUUGUCCCCCCUUCCAGUCCAUAUGCAAAACUCACAAACACAGCAACAACCAAAACCGAAAGGCAAAGCAAAGCAAAGCACAACUUUACUUAGACAUACUCUCUUUUCAUCCAUUUCCUCGAUGCCGAAAGUAACAAAACUGAAAGCAAAAGCAAAAGAAACCUAAAAGAAAAAGAUCAUACUAUACUAAACAGGACAAACAAAGCCCUUUUUUUUUUUUAUUGCUCCGAUUAGUAUUAAACAUAACAACAAACAAGAAGUAAAAGAACAAGGAGAAGGGCAAGUUUGCAUUUUGCUUUUUGCUUCGGUCAUGGCAGGUGAAGGAGUUUCAAGAGAAACCCAGAUGACUAUAGAGGCGUCUUCAAUGUUUCCAGGGUUUAGGUUUUCACCAACUGAUGUUGAAUUGAUUUCUUAUUACUUGAAAAAGAAGCUGGAUGGCGAUGAGAAGUGUGUUGAGGUCAUUUCUGAGAUUCAAAUUUGUGGACAAGAGCCUUGGGACUUGCCAGCCAAAUCCAUCAUAAAGUCAGAUAAUGAGUGGUUCUUCUUUUAUGCUCGUGGACGGAAAUAUCCAAAUGGUUCACAAAGUAGGCGGGCAACUGAACAGGGUUAUUGGAAAGCCACAGGGAAAGAACGUAAUGUGAAGUCAGGUUCUAAUGUGAUUGGUACAAAGAGGACUCUCGUGUUCCACACAGGUCGUGCACCAAAAGGGGAAAGGACAGAAUGGAUCAUGCAUGAAUACUGCAUGAAUGGAAAAUCGCAGGAUUCCCUAGUUGUUUGCCGCCUUAGGAAGACUAGUGACUUUGGUCUGAAAAACACUUCAAAUCGCGCUCCUUGGAAUCAACAGCAGUUGUCAAUUGUGAAUGACAGCAACCCUGCUACCUCAGAUGGUGGUACUGAUCAGACUGGCAUGUCUGAAGGGGACAAGGCAGUUGAACUCUAUUCGAACAAGGCUACUACUAGUUAUGAUUCUCAUUCUAUAGAGCAAAUCGAUUCUGCAUCUGAAUCUGAGCAAAAACUUUCAAAUGAUGUUGGACCAACAGAAUCUUCUACACCUCAGAAGGAUUCUGAUGAUGAAGACGAUUACUUUGCUGAGAUACUAAAAGAUGAUAUAAUCAAGCUUGAUGAAACUUCAUUGUCAGCAACACCAGACAUCUUGCCUAUGACUGCCAUCACUUCUGAUGCUGAGAGAAGGCCUCAGCAGCCAAGGCAAGAAAAUGUACCCCAUUUCCAGGGCACAGCAAACCGGAGAAUCAAAUUGAGGAGGCCUGAAGCAGAUAUUCUCUCUGCCAACCCAUCAGAACGUGUUGUUGGUGAGAUCUCAAUCGAGAAACCAAGUUCUCCAAAGUCUGAGGGGUCACCAAAUUGCUUGCUAUUUCUAUUCUUACCCAGGACUGCCAAUCUCCGUUUCAUAUAUGCGACUUUUGUGAUCCUGACUUUGCUGGCUUUGUUUCUGUCAUUUAUAGGAGGUUCCAAGCCAGUGAAAAACUUCAGAUAUGCUACUUUCUACGAGAACUUCUGGCAAUGAAUGCAUAUAUAAUCCCAUUUUUCUGGUAAUUGAAAGUUUAACAAUAGCGAGUAGAGCUCCUAUAUUCAUAGUUUUGGUCAUUUUGAUUAUUUCAACAUUGGUUUCUAUCGAUCGGGUAGUCAACUGGGGCAACUGACUAUGCCAUCAAAAGUUGAAACCAGUUCUCAAAGGGACCAUUAUCUCCAAUUUGAGCAGUCUCAUCCACUGAAAAGCUUCCUCUAAAUCAAUCAAAACCUUAUGCAAUUAAGUUUGAAUAAGAUUAAAAGAAUUCCAUGAAAUUAUGAAUGGUUGUGGUGAGAAUAUUUGGGCUUAAUAUGUAUCAAUUUUUGGGUUUUUGGGCUUACCUCUGAAAUUUGUAUCAAAUUCUGCCGAUGGGUAUUUCGGCUUAACUUUGAAUGGGUUUAGAUCAAGUUCUAUAACUCUCAAAAGCUGGGUAUUUGAGUUUUGGUCUUAUUAUUUUGAGUCUCAAUUUGAGUGUUUGUUGGUUAAUUAUAAUGAGCU